UGGGGGAAAAACGGUAUGAGCAGUUAUUUCGAGAGAUCAGCAGAUUUGUUUAUAAAUGCAACCAUAACUGUAGGUAAUUUAGGCGCUGAUAAUAUUUAGUUGCGCCAGUGCAGUCGGUCGACAUUAUGUUUCCUUCAUGUGGAUAAUAACAUUGCCGGGGCAGUUUGUCAUCGAUGUCAAGAGCGGAAUAAUCAAACUGAACCUGCUUCGCGUUUAAUGUGACCCUACAGUUUGCGUUGGAGAAAACGUAUGUCGAGCCAAUGAUGUCAGGAAAGCAUUACAAGGGUCAAGAAGUCAGUUGCUGCAUCAAAUAUUUCAUAUUUGGAUUUAACAUCAUAUUUUGGUUGCUGGGGUUGGCUUUCCUUGGAAUUGGAUUAUGGGCAUGGAAUGAAAAGGGAGUCCUCUCGAACAUCUCCUCCAUCACAGAUCUGGGUGGAUUUGACCCAGUGUGGUUGUUUUUGGUAGUGGGAGGGGUGAUGUUCAUCCUGGGAUUUGCCGGCUGUAUUGGGGCCCUGAGGGAGAACACCUUCCUACUCAAAUUUUUUUCUGUGUUUUUGGGGAUAAUCUUCUUCCUGGAGCUGACUGCUGGGGUCCUGGCCUUUGUCUUCAAAGACUGGAUUAAAGAUCAGCUCAACUUUUUCAUCAACAACAACAUACGAGCUUAUAGAGAUGACAUUGAUUUGCAGAACCUCAUCGACUUCACUCAGGAAUAUUGGGAGUGCUGUGGGGCAUUUGGAGCAGACGACUGGAACCUCAACAUCUAUUUUAACUGCACAGACAGCAACCCCAGCCGAGAAAAAUGUGGAGUGCCCUUCUCUUGUUGCACCAAAGACCCAGCGGAGGAUGUUAUCAACACACAGUGUGGAUACGACGUUCGGGCGAAAUCAGAUGCAGAGCAAAAGACUUACAUUCAUGUCAAAGGCUGUGUGCCACAGUUUGAGAAAUGGCUACAGGACAACCUGACAGUAGUGGCUGGAAUCUUCAUAGGAAUCGCACUAUUGCAGAUAUUUGGAAUAUGCCUUGCGCAAAAUUUAGUCAGCGAUAUUGAAGCAGUUAGAGCCAGCUGGAUGCCGCCCCCCUCUUACGUCGUCCGCCGCCCCCCACCUCCCCACUCCAGCAAGAAAGCCUCGGCGUACUCCUGAGCGAGGCGCAUCGUGCGCUCGCCUGUUUGUUCACAUGAAGUGGCAGCUAUUCGUUCAGACACUCACAGGUCUACACCAGCAUGACAAAGGUAGCAACUGAUGAAUUCAAGAUGUCAAGUGCACUGGGUCGUGUGUAUGCAGAGUUGACCGCACUACUACCUUGUACCUGUAUCUGUAUAUACUGCUACUUUUUCUAGAGUCGUUUAUGUGUCAAAAUGUGUAAUA